UCAUGUUGAUCUUGUGUCUUCAGCACUUGACCACCUUCGUGUUGGACCGGAAAGACGGUCUGAUCACCGUGGACGAUGGCGUCCGACGUCUCCGGCUGCUGGACGCUAAAGGGAAAGUCUGGACUCAGGACAUGUUGCUGCAGGUGGAGGACAAGACCGUCAGCCUCAUCGACCACGAGACCAAGAACGAGUUGGAGAACUUCCCCAUCGGGACGGUCCAGCACUGUCAGGCCGUCAUGAACGCCUGUAGCUAUGACUCCAUCUUGGCUCUGGUGUGUAAAGACUCGGGUCAGAGCAAAGCCGACCUCCACCUGUUCCAGUGUGACGACAUCAAGGCCAAUCUGAUCCACGCAGACAUAGAAGGUGCUAUGAUCGAUGCCAAAGGAGGCAAAGUGAAGAAGAGACCGGAGGCUUUAAGGAUGAUCCUGAAGAGCGACGGGAUCAUCCCCCCUCCCCCCGCCGCCCCCGCCCCCGAACCACCGGCCUCGUCCAAUCAGGUGGACGUGAAGAGCCGAGCAGCCGCGUGGUCAGCGUGGACCAAUGAGCAACAAGACUAUGAGAAGCAGCGACCGAUCUCAUUGGAGGACGGACCGGUGGAGAUGACAGCAGCCAGAGUGGACCGAGACGUGCAAAUCCUGAACCACAUCCUGGACGACAUCGAGUCGUUCGUCACCAAACUUCAGAAGGCUGCCGAGGCCUUCAACGAGCUCUCCAAGAGGAAGAAGACCAAGAAAGGCAAGAAGAAAGGUCCGGGAGAGGGCGUCCUGACUCUGCGCUCCAGACCUCCCGGUGAGGACGAGUUCGUCGACUGUCUACAGAAGUUCAAACACGCAUUCAACCAGCUGGGGAAACUGACGGAUCUCAUCCAGAACCCGAGUGCUGAGGAUUUGCUUCACUUCCUGUUCUCUCCUCUCAGGCUGGUGAUCCAGGCGUCCAGUGUGGAUCUGGCUCGCAGCAUCGUGGUUCCUCUUCUGACCAAAGAGUCCAUCGACUUACUUCACUCCUCGGGGACGGCGGAGGAGAGACACCUGUGGGUCUCCCUGGGAGACGGGUGGACCAAAUGCAGGUUGGAGUGGCCCAGGCACCACUACUUCCCCCCCUGUGUGCUGACGUUCCAGGACGGCUGGGAGCCGCCGCUGAUCCACGAGACUCAGUCCAGAGACCAGGACCUGAUCCAGCAGGCUGAGGCUCUCACCGACGCCGAGAUCCAGAGACAAGAGGACCUGAGGGUCCGCCUGGAGGUUCAGCCGUCGGCGGUGCAGAAGUUUCCCCCCACAGACGGGUUCUCCUCCUGUGGUUCCUACAGACGGAUGCAGAUCCUGGAUCAAGAUCAGGACUCGGCCGUCAGCCGCGUAGACCGGAGUUUCGAUGAUGACAGCAGAAUCCAACCGAAACUUUUUGCCAAAUCUAAAUACGACUUUGUGGCGAGAAACAACACGGAGCUUUCUGUCCUCAAAGACGAGGUCGUCGAGGUCUUGGACGACAGGAAGCAGUGGUGGAAGGUGGGUAACGGCGUCGGGGCAUCCGGCUACGUGCCCAACAACAUCCUGGAGAUCAGCAAGGCCGUAGACAUGACGGGCAGAGGAGAGCCCAUCUACAGCCACACCAUCCAGCUUAUGAUGCCAAAGAAGGAGUUUGAGUUGUUCAAGGUAAAGCUAAACACUGUUUAGUUUAGUUUCUUUAGUUUUAAUAAACUCGUGUGUUUUUUGCUGUGGACCUUUUUCUUUUUCUUUUAUUUCUAAAGGAACAGUCUCACAUUUUGGUAAAAAGUUUAAUUUCCUGGUUUGUUUGUCAACAAAUAGCUCCAAUGCUAACAGGUGCUAAAACCAGAAGGUCUAAUUCUGCUGCUGUUCAAUAAACAACAACCUGCAGCUAGGCUAACAGUUUCCCCCUGUUUCCAGUCUUUGUGCUAAGCUAGGCUAACAUGUCCUAGUAUAACAUAACAGCUACCAGCAGUAACUACAAACAGCUAUUAUAAUGUUGGUUAGCUCCUUGUAUGUAGCUUCCAUAACAGCAUCUAGCUAUAAACAUCUAGCAUGAUGUUAGAUACAAUAGCUAUUUUUCUUUGUUGCUACGGCUAGUAGUUUCCCUGUUUCCAGUCUUUGUGCUAAGGUAGGCUAACAUGUCUUUAGCGUCAGUUAGCUACAAACUAUUACCAUAAAAUCAGAACUCUUAGCAUCAUGUUGGAUAUGCUCACUGUAGCUACCACAACGUCAACAUUACAUACCAGUGAUUAUACUUGAUGCUACACUAGCUAGCAGUUUCCCCCUGAUUCCAGUCUUUGUGCUAAGCUAGGCUAUAGCCCCAGUUAGGUACAAACAACUACCAUAACAGCUGUACUGUUGAUCACUUAGCAUGAUGGUGGAUAUGAAACCUAUUAACACAACUAUAAUAAUAUAUACUGUAUAAAAACCCAAUAUACUUAUUUUAUGCUAGCUUGUUUGUAGCUACACCGGCUAGCAGUUUCCCUCUGCUUCCAGUGUUUGUGCUAAGCUAGGCUAAGUACGUCCCUGGAUCUUAACGGGUUGUUGGAAGGUUUAUUUUUCUGAAUGUCAGACUGUUCCUUUAAGUGUUUGUUAGAGUUUGAUCUUCAUCUUUAGUUUGAAUAAUAAAACGGUGUUGACGAUAAUCUCAGUAGGUUUUUCAGUGAAUAACUUUAAAGUUUUGUCUCAUCAACUUCAUGUUUUAUGUUUCAUUUCACGUUGUCAGCAAUUACUGGGAGAGUUGAACGAGGUAAACAACAAACAACACGACUUUAGACUUCACGUAUUUCAGGUUCAGAAGGUCCACUGAAGUCUGGAAAUAUUUGGACAGAAAUAAAUAUAAUUAAAAUAAAUAAAUCGGUGCUUUGAAUCGUCAGUAUUUUCAGAAUAAAAGCCCCACCUGUCGUCUCUCAGAAGCAGACCACCAGGACCGAGCACACCUCCAGUAAACCGUUAGUGACUCCGGCCCCUCCGGCCCCCAUGCCGGCCCCCCCGGCCCCCGUCAGGCUCCCCACGCCGCCGCUGCCGCCUCCAGCUGCCAAGCCAGCCGCCAUCAGCCACACCGUCAGCCGCCAGAACAGCACCACGUCCAGCGACACCGGCGGCGUCGCCAUGAGGCACAACAACCAGAGACCUCCACCCGUCACCCGAAGGAAAUCCAACAUGGAGGAGGUUCAGGACGAGCUGAUGCACAGACUGACUUUAGGUCGCAGCGCUCAGAAGAAGUUUCAGGUUUCUGCUCGUCUGCCGUCCAACAGCAUCACCUACGACUCUUCACCUGAGGACGUCAGAGCCUGGUUAGAGGCCAAGGGCUUCAGUCCAGUGUGAGUCUCUUCAUGCAGUCUGUUGGUACUACAGGUGUGUGUACAAGUGUGUGCAGGUGUGUGUACUGUCUCACACC